CUCAUGUUUAAAGAGGCUCCAUGCUCCCGCGUAACUCAAAUAGUUACGUGCUGUCAGCGCUUGGACGAUCGCAACAAUGCUUACUACUGACGCCGAACAGCUUGUUCCAGCUCCGACCACACGUCCAUCCAUGUCUACUCAACAACCAGCAGUACUACGCCCGCAGAGGGGCAAAACGUGUUGCGAAAGUAAGCGUCUCUGAAUUGCCGCAAGGCCAUCUAGCGCCUUUAGAGCCUCUCAAUGAGCCUCUCAAAGAAAAACCGGUGGAAUAUCCCUUUUAUCUGAGGCAAGUUUUGUUGACUCAGCAACGCUUCCCAAAAUGUGUCGUGCUCAUGCAAGUAGGCGGGUUCUUUGAGCUUUAUUUUCACCAGGCCGAAGAGAUUGGACCAUUGUUGAACCUGAAAGUAGCCCAGAGGGAUAUGGUGGCCGGGCCAGUGGCUAUGGCAGGCUUUCCGCUGCAUCAACUAGACAAGUACCUCAAAAUCUUGGUGCAAGAUCUCGAGAAAUACGUCGCUCUCAUCGAGCAGGUUGAACGACCUGAGUCCGAACUCCCAGGGGGCAAAGGGGUUGAUCGACGCGUAACACGAGUCAUCACACCAGGAACACUGAUUGACGAAAAGUUCAUGCACCCAUGGGAACACAACUAUCUACUCGCAAUCGAUACUUCACAGUCUAAAACUGACACGAACGGUCGUACAUCUGUAGGGAUAGCCUGGUUGGAUCUCUCAACCGGUGACUUUCACACUCAGACGAGUGAUCUCUCAGUGUUGACUAGCGAACUCGCUCGUAUCGGCCCGCGUGAGAUCCUCAUUGACGAAAACUUGCGCAAAGAUGAUCCUUUCAAAAUUCUUGACAUUAUGGAGAAUCACGAGUACUUCAUGACCUAUGAGCCUUUCGAUGUAACCCAAACUGCAGACAUAGGUGAUUGGGGCAGCCUCGUUGAAAUGGAAAGCCCGGUUUCCAACCCUGAUGCCUUUACCUCUGAAGAAGUUGCGGCUGGCACCGCUCUGCUCAGGUAUGUUAAAGAACGGUUGCAAGGAUCAAACGCGAAACUUCAAACACCUGUCCGCCGUAGCGGUGCAGAACGGAUGCUCAUCGACGUUCACUCUCUUCGAGCAUUAGAGAUCAAGAAGUCUCUUCGAGAAGGCACCAUGAAGGGAAGUUUGCUGAACGCCAUCAAACGCACGACGACAAUGUCUGGCGCAAGAUUGUUGACAUCCUGGUUGUCAUCACCCUUGACGGAUAUAAGUCAAAUCAACGCAAGGCUGGACCUGGUUGAUGCCCUUAUAGACGAUACGCACCUGAAGGCGGAUAUAAUACAGUUCCUCCGGGAGGCUCACGAUAGUCACCGCAUCGUGCAGAAGUUUAGCCUUGGUCGUGGGGAGGCAGACGACAUGCUUGCACUUGCUCGAACCAUUACAGCAAGCGAAGGGAUCCUCCAAAGUUUUUUGGGCAACAAAUCUCUGAAUGAUAACCGCAGUGUGAAGGAUAUAUGUUCCCGACUAUCCCCUCCAUUAUCUUUGGCAAAGAAGAUACUUAGCGCAAUUGACGAAUAUGGACUACAGCAGAAGCUACGCGAGGAAGAGGAACAAGAUGCUGAAAUGCUGGUGCAGGCCAAAGCUGCUUUGCUUGAAGGCGAGCAAAACAAUGAAGCGGCAGAUGCGACGGAACAGAAAAAGCGAAAUAAGUCCGCCGGAAAGAACUCUGAACAAGUACCAAGCGAUGUGUGGAUUAUGAAGAAAACAGCGAGCAUACCCCUGAAACGUCUUCACACUGCUUUAGAAGAACUCUAUCUCGAGAAAGCGGUGCUGAUUACCUCUUUAAUCGACAAAACAGGCGCAAAAAGCUUGACCCUACGAUUCUCGCCCUCUAUGGAGUAUUUCGUCCAUGUAAGACAAAAAGACGCAGCAAGCGUGGCUUCGUUGGAGAAUACAAAACUAGUUGGCACGAGCAAAUCCACCCGCUCUAUCCAACAUCCGGAAUGGACAUAUAUCGGAACCAAGAUCGAUCAGACGAAGGACCAGAUACGUGCUGCGGAGAUCAAGACUUUCCAAAAGAUACGGAAAGAGGUUCUAAAGCACUCUGCUCUUCUUCGGAGAAACGGCCGCGUUCUUGAUGAGCUCGAUGUAGCUUGCUCCUUCGCAACUCUUGCUCGGGAACGGGACUGGGUAAGGCCGGUACUCAACAAUAGCACCGAGCACAGAAUUGUGGCCGGAAGACAUCCUAUUGUUGAAGCUGCUUUGUACGAGAAGGGUACAACGUUCGUAGCUAAUGACUGUUUCAUGGAGAAGUCGAAGUAUUUGUGGGUCAUCACGGGUCCAAAUAUGGGUGGCAAGAGCACGUAUCUUAGACAAAACGCCGUGAUCACCAUUCUCGCCCAGGUUGGGUCCUAUGUACCGGCUCAACACGCAGAGAUUGGUGUCGUUGAUCAGAUCUUUAGCCGGGUGGGAUCGGCUGAUGAUUUAUUCCGCCACCAGUCUACUUUCCUCGUUGAGAUGAUCGAAACUGCUGCGAUCUUACGAAACGCAACCCCUCGGUCUUUGGUAAUUAUGGACGAAGUGGGCCGCGGAACAACGUCGUGGGACGGCUUGGCUAUAGCAUAUGCAUGUCUGCACCGCCUGCACAAUGUUAACAAAUGUCGUACUUUAUUCGCGACACAUUUCCAUGAGCUGGGCGAUAUGAUUAAGCGUUUUGAGCACGCAGGCGGACUGUGCACGGAGCUCGAGCAACACGAGGACGGCUGGACCAGCUUCAGCCAUGAAAUCAAAGAGGGAGUGUGCAGGCAGUCUCAUGGGAUUCAUGUAGCGCAACUCGCUGGACUUCCCAACGAGACUGUCGAGCUCGCAAGUAAGACGCUGCAAUAUAUCCAGAGCCAAAACACGCCCAUCGUGUUGAACGCGGAGUUUUAUGGGAGUAUUUCGCACGGCUAGUUAGUUAAUACGGAUCCUGUUAAUGGUUUAACGCGG